CCUAGAGGCUUCCGCCAGCUGCGAUCAUCAAAUUCAUUAUCAAUCCCACCACCUUCCCCAUAUCCAUCAUCUUUCAAAGAGUCGAGACACAUACAAUUCACCAAUGACUACUAAUCAUUUGCACAAUUCUGGGGUUGGUGAUCAUCAGGGUGCAAAUGGUCAUCGAAGCCACCAUUAUGUUCAUGGACAGACUACACCUCCUCCUCAUCAUUAUCAUCAUGCCCGCCCUUAUAGUCAUAGUACACGCGGGAUGCACAACAACAUGGGGUAUGAUGACAUGAGCCAGAUGAGUGGCAUCAGCAUGGCUUCAAUGAGUGGAUACCCGGAGAUAGGAGGAAGGCGGAGACCUGGAAUCCCUCACUCCAAUAUCUGCACCGUUUGCACUACCUACAUCUAUGUUUUCCGUCAUCGUUGCCUGGUAUGCGGGAGAGUCUAUUGCCGGCAGUGCGUGGUUAUUGGCAUGGGAGAAAUGACAGAAGGCCGAAAGUGCAUCGAGUGCUUGGGACGAAGAUUCGGUCACCGGUACAUUGAGAGAGCAGGACAAAUGGGAUGUUGCAUGGGAUAUCCAAGCCUGGUUAAACAACAAGAGCUAAAGUGGGCGGAGAAAGGGCCGAGGGGAAGCGGAGAGAAUCGAUAUAGUCGGAGUGGGAUGGUGUCUACACCAAGAAGUCCAGCUCCAAGAACUCCCAAUCGAGGCCGUAAUAACCAUCAUGCCGGCAGCAAUAAUAAUAAUCCCGCCUCUUUCGUCGGCAAUGCCCAGUCUUCAUUUGUGAUGGGCUCCCCUUAUUCGCCUUAUUAUUCACCUACUAACCACCCAUUGCCUUUCUAGACGCCACCAUAUCAAUUAGUAUCAAGGCAAAACUCAACAAGUUUUAGCCUGCAUCCGCCGUUGUUGUUUGCUUUGCUUUGUCCAUGUGCCAACUCAAUUAACUACCACUUAUAUUAUUGUUUUGUUCUUUGAUUUUCAUUUUGCCAAAUACAUCAUCACUUUCUUUUGUAUUUAAGAGCGCAACAACUUCUCGUUUCUAGAUCCCUUUCCUAGGGAAAGGAAAAGACACACAUAUAUAGAUGAACAAACAUUUAGAUACGAUACGAGUAACGUGAAACUUAAUUUAUAGUACUAAAGAGUUAAGUGCUUGUUCAUUACGAACAAAUGAAUUGACAGCGUCAUGCACUAGAAAAAUUGAUGCAUGAAUGACUAUGAUCCACUCGUAUCAGUAUCAGUGACAUUAGUUAAAAAGCCCUCAUUAAUCUGGCGGUAAUAGAGUUUACUACUGUCCAUAUACAUACUCAUGGUCCCACGUACGCCCACACAUGCAAUAACUAAAGUACUCACCUACGUACGUAGAACAAAUUAAGGAGCAGUGGCACCUCUUGUGUCUUUAUACUACUCCUAGCAGUUCAACUAACAUGGAUGACGCAUCAAUUUGCUCCAAGUGACUUCAAAUUUCCAAUCACCAGAAUGUGGUGCGAUUCAUGGUACUAAUGGAUAUUGCAUCAAAUUUCCAAUCACCAGAAUGGUAAGAUGUUUUAUUUACCUCUCUCUCUCUCUCUCUCUCUCUGCCUGUUUAAUUGGAGCAGUUGUGGUCCUAACAACUCUC